GUCCAACAGCUUGAAGCAAUUAACGUCUUCUCUUUCUUUCUCAGGUGGGAGGUCAACCCUUUAUACUGCGAUAACGUCAAGAAACUAUAUCCCUACAACUCUGGGAACAGACUCCUCAACAUUAUUGACAUGGCAGUGUUUGACUUCCUCACAGGAAACAUGGACAGGCACCAUUAUGAAAUUUUCACCAAGUUUGGAGACGACGGUUUCCUGCUCCACUUAGACAACGCCAGAGGGUUCGGCCGGCAUUCUCACGACGAGGCGUCCAUCCUCGCUCCUCUGACGCAGUGCUGCACGAUCAAGCGCUCCACGCUCUUCAGACUGAAGCUUCUGGCUCGGCCCGAGUACCGUCUGAGCGACGUCAUGAGGGAGUCCCUGUCCAGAGACCCGCUCACGCCCGUCCUGACCGAGGACCACCUGCAGGCCUUGGACCGCCGGCUGGGACAGGUGCUCCGGACGGUGGGGAAGUGUGUGAAGAAGCUGGGAGAAACACAGGUGGUCAUCACAGACUUUGUAGAGUCGCCCAGAGUAACUACUAGACACCCGGGAGGAAGCAACAGGUGACAGAACCGGAAGAGACGGGACUUUAUGACAAACAUCAGACCCUCUAGUCCAAAAUCACGGCAUCUGAAGACGUCUGGAGGUAUUUGUGUUUCUGAUGAAUGCUCUGGGGCUGUGUGGUAUUGUUCAUCAGUUUUCAUCAGAAUGACGGCGGUUAUAAUUACGAGACAGAUUGAUGGCAAAGGGUGAAAAUUAUGAGACGAAAAGUCUAAACUAUGAGAUAAUUAUUGAGUUAAAGUUGCUAAAAAAAUUUAUUAUGAUAACUCAUCAUAAAUAUGAGAUAGACGUCAGUUCUAAAAAGUAUUGUUUGUCGUGACGAUGAUUCAGUUUCUAACUGUAACGACAACUUAGUAUCUAUAUAAUAAUAUUAAUAUGGCUUGUGUCAUCAUAAUUGAUUGGCUAUAAAGGGCUACUUUUAUAACUAAAUUAAAUAUCACAUUUAAAAAACAUCCUGUACGUUUCUGAACUCAAAACUUUCUCCGUAGUCCUAAAAGAGUUUAUUUCGAAGGCAGUCUGUCGUUUUAAAACAACAGCUCUCCUCUGUGAUGUCACAGUGUGGAUAAACCCCGCCCCCGCAGGACCAGAUUAGCACCGCCUACCGAUCAUGAGUCAUAACUACGAGCUAAAAAGUCUACAUCAAAACAAUGAAAUAAAAAGUCAAUUCUGAAAAGCA